AAAUCUACUUCAAAAGCUGCUCGGAUCCCAUUAAUCAUGCCCCUUAAACUCCAGUUCACGCGUGGGAGAGCACGGCCUAGUGAAGGAGUUUUUAUGAGGAUUCCUACGGGGGCAGGGAGAAAGCUCAGGGAAUUGCCACCCCACCCCCCUAGGCUCUUGUACACCUCACUUCAUUCUGUGUAGGCUGGAAUUUUUUCGCGCCCGCAGAGAAAAGACACAAGGUUCAAGCAGCAACUAACUGUCAAGGCUGCUUUCUCCGCCACGACUCUUCGUCCCGGAGUCCCAAGACCACCAGGGCAGCGCCACCUACCGGCCACCCGGCGCCGGGGAGGGGGAUACUACCCAAUAAGGUCUUGCCGCUACUCCAGCACGAUUUUCUUUUUUAGCUUCCCCGGCUCCUAUGCUCCAGUGCGGCAGACAUUGAAUGAAAAAUGGCUGAAAGUCCUAUGUGGGAGCAAGUUGGAGCAAGUUUUGUGCAUCUCUAUUACCGCCACUUUGAUGCCGACAGGGUACAACUAAGUGCUCUAUAUACAGAAGCUUCUUGUUUGUCAUGGGAAGGAGAACAAUUCCAAGGAAAAUCUGCAAUCAUGGAAAAGAUGCUGAAUCUUCCAUUCCAAAAAAUCCAGCACAGUAUCACAUCUCAAGAUCACCAACCAGCUCCAGAUAACUGUAUCCUUAGUAUGGUUGUGGGUCAGUUAAAGGUAGAUGAAGAACCUGUGAUGGGAUUUCACCAACUGUUUAUUCUGAAGAAUAUGAACGACAAAUGGAUUUGCACUAAUGAUAUUUUUAGACUGGCUUUGUACAACUUUGCUUGAGUAUUUGUAUCCUUUCUACUCUCACACUUUCCUUACCCUGUUGUUUUUGGCUUGGUUCAACUUAUGACAAAGAGGCAACAUUGGAUUUUUCUUUUAGUUUUGCUCCAUUAUGUGUUGACAAAUAAAGAAGCAUGGAUGACUGUGUAAAACAAUCAAAGGGCAACUUCAGGGAAAGGAUGGAGAGUUCUGCAUCAAAAUUUCAUGAUCAUUGGGAAAUUGACUCAAAUAGGAGAAGCCCCAAGGUGUGCUAUCUUGGGAGGACAGAUGCAAACAAAAUGUACCUUUUAAGGAAAAGGGCCCUGUUCAGGGGAUUGCAUUUUUAUCUGUUAGAACUGAGGAAAAAAUUUUAUACGCAUGGAUUUAAUAAUAAUAGAUACUUCUCACUUUAAAGAAACUCUGGAUUGGAAAACCCAAUUCACUUCCUUGAUGCUCCUGCUUUGUAUUCAGCCAAAAAUUAGUUAGCAAUGCAGUUAAUUCUAGGCAAGUUAUUUUUGUAGCUGUACUCAGAACAUCUGUGGGAUGGUGGCUGACACAAAGUAGACUUUUGCGUGUCAGAUAUUAGAAUAUAGGAAACUGCUUUAUCACACAGAUUUAUAAUGUUUGUGUUACUGUUCCAUCAAGCUGAAUCUUUUUAUCCUUAUAUUCUUAAAUGUGUGAAGCUACCAAUUUCAGUAUAUAAACCAAUGAACCAGAAAACUUUGGAUGUUAGGAAUGAUGAAAUGCUAAUUUUUUUUAAAUCAUAAAGAAAAGUAAAUAAUUUUUUAACCUAAAGUUUGCUAUACUAAAUGGACAAAAAGCAAUGGCCAAGACAUAUGGGUUUAUUUUUAAUUGUAGAGGGAUGGCAACCUCUCUGAGCUUGGUUAUAGCAUAUUGGUUCAAAUAAUUGCCAAGUAUUUGAUAGAUUAUGAGCACACCAUGCUCCUGUACACCAACAGAAGGCAUGAAGAGCCAGACUUUUGCUUUUUUAUUCUGGUUUAUGAAUUUUCUCUUAUGUUCAACACACUUUAAAAGAAGGUUCUACACAUCAAUUUUUAUAUUAAAAUGAAAACCAGAUAUUGAUACAUGCUGAAAAAGGAAUAAAGCAGUAUAUGCUAUGUUUGAUUCCAAUAGAUCAGUGUCAAAACUGGAAGAGAAUUUAAAGUAUAGCUUACCCAAGUCCUUCAAUUUACAGAAAAGUCAUAGGCUCAGAAAAGUUGUAACUUGCCUAGUUAGGUAGCUAAUUAUUGUCAGAGCUAGAAUGUAUACACAUCUCCCAAUUACUAAGUCAGCAACCUUUCCCUUCUCACCCUCUCCAACCUGACCCUACUGCCAGUUGUCUUUCGUUGUUCAUAGAUGCCUGUGGCAUCUUUCUAGUUGCGUUUAUACCUGAAGAAGGAUCCCCCUCCAAAGAUCUCUGACAAAUGGUCAUUCAGGCAAUACUUGAAGAUCUCCAGUGAAGGGAACACACUACAGAUGCUCAUUCUACUAUUGAAUCUCUCUGUGGGGAAGUUUUUCUUUAUAUCACAUUUGAUUCUGUCCCUCUGCCACUUCCAUCUGUUGCUCCUAGUUUUGUGCUCUGGAGCCCAGCAGAAGUUGAUUCAUUCCUACGUGUGAUAAGCAUUCAAAUACUUGAAGACAGGUAUCGUAUUCUCUCUUCUCACAAUUCUUUUUGCCAUCUCUGGAAGCAAUCCAGAUUGGCUAUCCUUCUAAAAUAUGGGAUCCAGAACAAAAUGCUAUUCCAAAUGUAAUUUGACUAGGGCAGAAUUUUAAGAGCUUGCCAUCUCCCUUUUUCUGGGUGAUGUGCUUCUUCUCAAAGCACCCUAUGGAUAGCAUUCUUUUUUUUUUUUUUUUGCCUGCCAUAUCACACUGUUGAUUUAAAUUGAGUUUGCAGUCCACUAAAACCCUUACAUUUCCUUCACAUAAGUUGUUUUCUAACCAUGCCUCCCCUAUUUUUAUAUUUGUAAAGCUGAUUUUUUAACCCAUAUGAAACUAGAUUUAUUUAUCUCAAUUGAAUCUUAUUACAUUUGCCACUCCAUCCUCAUCCCCUGCCAUUCUACCCACUGAAGGAAGUAUUUCUGUUUCUUUAUUCUCAUUUGACAUGCCAGCUAUGCUUCAUAGAUUUAAGUCAUUUCCAAAUUUCAUAAGCAUGACAUCUGUGCCUGUAUGCAAUUCCUUGAAGAAAAUGUCGAGUGGAAUUGGGUUAAGGACAAAUCCUUGAGGCACUCCAUUAUGUAUCUACCUCUAGUUGACACUAAGCUAUUGAGUAUUCUCUGAAUAUGGCCAUUCAUCAAGUUUCAGAUCCAGCUAACUAUGCUGUUAUUUUCUAAUUUCUUUUAAUCUGGAAGAAAGUGACCUACUUAAGAAACUUUUUGUUGUUGUUCUUUGUAUUGCCAAUACCUAGCACAACUCUAGGUACGAAUGCUUACAUGUGGUAAGUACUUACUAAAUGAUGAUUGAAUUAAAUCCUGCCCUCAAAGAUCUUUGUUGACAAACUAUAUAUGGCAUUUCUCUGACUUACCAAUAGAGUGACCCAGUUGCAAAAAAAAAAAGGUUAGCUUGGCAUGGUUUUUUCUCCAUAAAGUCAGGCUGACUCUUAGUGAUCACCACUUCUCUUUCUUGAUAUCAACAUCCUUUUAACAAAAUGUUCCAUAAAUUUGUCAGGAGUCACAGUCAAGUUCCUUGGCUCAUAUAUUGCUUUAAUUUUCUGAAAAUCAAGAUGUUUGUCAUAGAGCUGUCUAUUUAAAGCCUGAAAAGGUGUUAGAUAUUACAUUGUCUGAGGUAAGAUUGGAAUUCAUGUUUUCCAGACUCCAAGUUCAGUGCACCACUGCUCAUUCUCCAAUAUAAAGGCCUAACAAUCACACUUCCAGUUCAUUCAGUAUCCUUGAAUGUGUUGAUUGGGACUUGUUGAUGACUUCUUCAAAGGCAGCUAGUGUACUCUUAUUGUCUACCUACUUUAGAAUUCAAUUCCUUAUAGACAAUAUUAUGCCCUGUACAAUCCACAUAUUAUCCUUCCUGGCAGAGGAAACAGAAGAUAAAUGAGAACUAAGCAAUCCAGGAAUGUUUUUGCUGUUGUCCAUUAUCAUCAUCUACCCCAAAUAGUGGUCUCCCCACUCCCAACAUAGGCAUCUAGGUGAUACAGUAGAUAGAACAGUGGGCCUGUCACAAAAAGACUUGAAUUACAUUACAGUCUUAGAUACUCCCCAAGUUGUAU